AUGAAGCAGUACACGUGGGCAGAUGCUCAGAAAUACUGCAGGGCAAUGUGCAGACAGAGACAAUCCCCUUUUGUUUACUUUUUUGUCACAGGUAAUUUCAGUGGUGCUGCCAAGUUCAUCGGCAUCACUAGUCCUCUGCUGACCUGGCCUCAAGCUCAGGCUUACUGCCGAACACAUCACACAGACUUGGCCAUCUCUCUGAACAGCUCAGAUCAAAACUAUUUAUUGCAGCUGUUCAAUAUCCAGGGUUCUUCUUGGAUUGGCCUAUAUAGAGACACAUGGAAAUGGUCUGACGGGACCAAGGCUUUGAACCUCUCAUGGUUGCCUGGAGAACCUGCUAAUCAAGGAGGCAAUCAAAACUGUGCAUCAGCUAUUAAUGUACAGUUUAAUGAUUAUUUUUGUGGCCUGAUUGCCUAUUUCGUCUGUCAAUCCAUGAGGAAACAGCAGAUAAUAAAACUGCAGGUGAAGUCUGAUGGGAGUGUGUUUGAUCCUGCUGUGCAGUCGUUAAUGUUCGAGCAGAUCAAACAGAAACUGGAGGAAAAAGGCAUGUUGGAGAACUCCACAGUGAGCUGGAGGGUGCAGCCAGAUGGAAACAUCUUCCACAAGAAGAAGGAUGAUGAUGAGUUGUAA